AUGGAGACCAGACAACAAGAGUUGUACUCUAGCGUUCUGAGUGAAGCAGUGGUGGACUGGGGCAGCAUGGGUCCUGGAGAGGAAUGGGUUAACUCAGCCCCACACGAGGGAGAGCAGGUUAAAAGGAGCUCAAAUGGUGAAGACAUGGCUCCGGUGGUCCAAAAUGGGCGAAGCGUCACAGAAUGUGAUAAAACUUCACCAUCAGGGGACACUGAGUGGGGUCAGACAUCAAUAUCCCACUCUGACAACUGGGUCAUGUCCACCACUUGGGACAUGCAACUGGACAGCACAGAGAGAGGACACCUCACAGCAGGCUUUCUGGACUCUGAGCCACUGAGGGAGGCUGAUGAAGAUUUUGUGUCAGAUGUCAACCUAAACAACCCCAUCAUGACAGAGGAGGAGAGAGAGGAGAUUCAGCAGGAGUUAGAUAAAUUGGAGGAGGAGAUCAGCACACUGAAGCAGGUUUUGUCGUCCAAAGAGAAGCAGCACGCAGACCUCAAACAGAAACUGGGCAUCACCCCUCUGAGCGAGCUCAGAAACAACUUCAGCAGAGGCUGGCACGACAUGCAGACCUCCACAGCCUAUAAGAAGACAUCAGAGACGCUGUCCACAGCAGGACAGAAAACCUCAGCAGCCUUCACCACACUGGGCAGCGCCAUCACCAGGAAGUUCGAGGACAUGAGGUCCAACUCUAUAGGCUACUCUAUCAGACACUCUAUGAGCAUGCCCACCAUGAGAAACUCUCCCAGCUUCAAGUCUUUCGAGGAGAAAGUUGAGAAUACAGUGUCCACUAUCAAGACAAAGGUUGGUGCUUCAGAGAGCAGAGGCAGCUUUGAGGAAGUCCUCUCCUCCGCAGCCAACGCCAGCUCUCAGGACACGCCCACUAACGUCUUGACGGACAGCUCCGAGAGGCCGUGUUAGAGCCGCGUCCACGCUGCGAGGCAGGAACUCUUAUCACUGCAGCACAUAUCAACCCGAGGCUCUGACUAAAAUAUUACAGAAUGCUUUUAUUUGAUCGCACCUGUAAGAUGCAAACGAUGUGAUUGGGUCCUGAUACUGAAAUUUCCUGCGACACUAAGUGCUUAGACUUGUUAGAAAAUUGGCACCGUUUCUUGUUGGGACCAAAGUUACCUUAAAUAUUCUAAAGCAGCAGUUUUCAACAUUUAUUUUGAAAGAUCAAGGCAGCUUAAGUCAGAAGCACACCCACCUUUGGUUGUGUAACACAUGUAAGUGGGCAUGGUUGAUCUUUUCAUUGACAAGAGCUGGAUUCAACCAGCCUGCCCUCCAUUGGCCUCCAAACAUCGUUAAAGCACAGAUGUUGGAUCAGACGGGGUUGAAGGGGAGAGGCAGCUACGGCUUAGUUAAAAAAUAAUAAAAUAAAAGGAGGAUGAGCAGAUUCUCAGAGCCAAAGCCCUGCGUUUAUGGCCUGUAGUUCUUCUUAUGUUAAGCAUCUCAUGGUUUGGCUCAUUUAGCUACUUUGUCGCCCAAAGUGGAAAAACUCAGCCGUGAAAUCCCAGCUGUAGCUCCUCACACACAAGAAAAUUCCUUUCUUUGCUGUGUAAAUUCGUCCUAAGUGGAAACAGCCGCGUUGAUACAGAAUCAAAACUCUUCAUCACUACGACUUUCAUACCAAGAAAUACAAAACUACAUUUUAGGUGAUUCUUAGAAAUAAGUGUUUGAUGGGCUGGUGUUUGAAAAAUACAUUUAUUAUUACAACUACCUAGACCUUUUUGGAACAUUUUUAAAAUGUGUAACCCAUGUGUGAUCAACCCAGAAGUCCUGGAUGAAACUGUUAUCUGUAAACUCAAUAAUUUUACACUAAGAGAGGAGGCCUUGCUGUGAAGAAUGUGUUACAGCCCCUCUUUUGUGGCUAACUUUUAAAAAGUCCCAGCCGACACACAUUUUCUGCUGCUGACAGUUUGGGUUGAGGCCUUUUUGAAUGCUGGAUCAUACUCACGGCACACACACAGUGUUUAGUCUGCACGUUCACACUGUAAGAAGACAUGAAACACUGUAUGUUUGCUAUGUGCAGUGCAGCUUCCAUGUGGAAAGGUAGCAAUGGAGUAUAUUUUUGUUUUUCUCAUGACUGCCUAGAAAAAGGAGGUCACGCAGAAUUUGAUUAAUCACUUGGGACAAUUAAGUCCGAUGCUGGAGAUUAAAAACACCACAGCUGCACUGUUACACCUCAGAGUGGAGCUGAAGGUAAACAGAUCUGAACCUGCAGAUCACCUGCCCUAAAAAUAUCACACCUGAGUCAUUUAGGCCACAGAUCUGAUGCCUGUUGCUAAGUAACUGAUGACACAUAUGUCACAUUAAUAUAGCAACAUCACUGCAGCACAGCUGUAAUCCCUGACUGUGAUGUGAGCCUGAAAUCCAAGACACGCUGUUGCUUACUGAUCUGAUUUUUAACUUCCUUUUGCAGAACUAACCUGUUUAAUGCUGAAGAAAGUUUGGACUUUUUACUACUUAUCCGUGAAAAGGUUGGUGCCACAAAACAUUAAAAAUCAGAUUAUAUGCUUUCUUUUUAACUUUCCAAGCGUGGUCUCAGUGGCCACUGCCAUCAAAGCACCGUUCUGUUUUCAAUAUCUAAUCUGUUUUGCUUUUCAUGUGAUUUACUUUGCUGUGGUUUGAGACGACGCCUCCAGAUAAUUUCAUGUUUAGUUCAGUCUGUCCGUGAAAUGUAUUUAUUAAAUACAUGUUAUCACGCCAUAAAUCAAGUAAUGAAAGAUCUUUUGUAGCAAGGAAAAGUUGCCAGCUCUGACCUAUUACCACAUAACUGAGGUAAUGCAUGUUCUGUCAUUGGAAAAUUAGUUACAGUAUACAUUUUACAUCUGUAUAUUGUGGUUUGGGCUAAAAUCAAAUUGAACUCUGCGCCAGUUAAAAGAAGUUUUUCUUUCUAUUUUUUUUUUUUUUUACAAAAUUCUCGAAGAUAACGCCCAAAGACAUAACUGUGGCAUUCAAAUGAAACAGCAGAUUCCUCUGUAUUCACACUACUAAUUACACACAAUUAUAAAUAACUUUUCUUUCCUGAUGUGUCGACAUUAACCAAACUAAAUAUCACAGACGAUUUUACAAUAAAACACUGAAAGCUGUGACUGAACCUGUUGAAAGUGAGAUAAAACAACCAAACAAACGAAUAAAUGUAACAAUGUGUGUGUGAACCUCUAUGCAACGUACAGAAAGUAACAUCUGAAUACUGUUUUCUCAUUCGUCAGCAGUGAAUUCCUGAGUGUGCUGCUGUAACCAUCAGAACAUUAAUGUAUAUUACCAACAUAUUCUGCAUAUUGUACAGAAAGAAAAUCCAUUUCUGAUGGUGCAGCACCAUUUAUGCAAUAUUGGCCAGAUGCAUCGAUAUAUAAAAAUAAUAUGUGAAAAUGUACUGAGAUGUAAAGUUAGCAUAGCUGAAGAGUUUUGGUUGACACU